CGCCCGAGACAGAAACCCGCUGCUGCGCUUCAUUAGAGCCUCGGUGGGUCUCCAUCAUUCAUCCGUCCCACAGAGCCGAACCACAGACCGAUACCGAGCGCACGGAACCGGCAGAUGGACGGAACGCUCGCGAUCUGACUGACGGCGGAAGCUCAACUCGUUCAUCUUCGGCUAGGUUCGGCGCUCCGGUCGCUGUUCGAUCGCUCGCUAUUGUUCGGAUGCGCGAGGCUGGCAAUCAAAGAGCCCGAUCGUUUCCCGACCGAACAUGAGUUCUGCUCUCCGCUGGGUUUUAUCGCUGUGCUUCAUCAUCACCAUCAUCAUCAUUCAGCAUGGGGCUCCGUUCCAGGUGGCUUUGCAGGAGGACAGCCGGAUGCUGCUGUCGCUGGACGCUGAUGACGUGAGACCUGAUGCAUCCGUGUAUUCGGUGCGUGUUUCCGGAGAGCCGCACACGCACACGCUUCUGUUCACGCGACCCGUUGACGGUCAGAUGCUUCCUCAUCCGCUCCAGUUCAACGCCUCGUACCACGGCCUGUGUUACUCCAUCAGUCUGAUGCUCGGGAACGACAGCAGCGCGUCCAGAGCCGUCAGAACCGUCCCUGUGCUCACCAAGCCUCUUCCUCUAGACAGCGUUGAGAUGUCUGAUUACAGUCUGGCUCCAGAGACCGGCGUGGUGUUUCAGAUCCGUUCUCCAGACAGGAACAUCUUCACUAGAGUAAACAUCAGCUACAUGGAGGGCCGUCAGCCUCGCUACAUGCUGUAUAAAGAUUUCCUCAAAGGGAAGACGGUGUUCAAGCACUGGCUGUCGGGCACGUGUUACACCAACAUCAGCUUCCAGCUCGUCUCAGAGGCCACAGUGAACAGGAGCACGCUGGUGAGCCGUAGUGACGUUACCCACGAGCCCCUGCACCACCGCACCGUCCCGAAUCCUCCUCUCAACGUGUCGCUCAAAAUCAUCCACCUCAGCGUUCGAGGAGCAUCUGGAUCUAACGUUCUGAAGGUGUCCCACAAUGCAUCAGUGCUCCGGCAGGCACGUGACGCUCCUGCGGCUGAAGAACAGGAAGAGGAAGUGAACAGUGUGGAGAUGAGCGUCACGCAGACGCCGCUAAACAACGUCACCGUUUACAGCAGCACAGCCGAACCCAACAGCACUGAGCUAAUGUGGGCGGAGCCAACAGGAAGCCCCACCCACAACGAGGAGGAGGAGGGGUUUGUGAACGCGCUGGUGCCGGAAUAUGAGGACUCUAAUGAGCCAGGGUCAGCGAUGGACGUGACCUUUGAACCCAGUGUGACACCCAAGCCGCUGCCGCCGUUCCUUCUGGAGCUGCGCUGGUCACCGCCGCGGCCGCCCGCCACUUACGACGGAUUCAACAUCUACAUCUACCACGACGGAAACUCCACAGAGACGGCGACGGUGGAUGAGAACACACACGAGUUCUUCACUGAGCUCUCAGAAGCAGGAACAUAUCGUGUUCACGUCACAACACUGAGUUCAUCUGGAGACUGUGAGACCAGAGAGAGUUCAGCCCACAGCGGACUCACCUUCUACCUGAGUCCGGCGGGUGAGUGGAUGGAGCAGCCUCAGGAGCGUCCACAGGCGGUCAGUGUGAAGAUGCUGGACUCCAGUACUGCUGCUGUGUCCUGGGCUCCGUCUCGUCACAGAUAUAACGGCAGUCUGAUCUCGGUGCUGUCUCUCACCUGUCUGCGGCCGAGCAUCAACCAGCGCAUGGAGAACACCUACUGCUCCGAGGAGAACAUCACCAGUGACAUCAUCAGCAGCCUGAUGCCCGGUGCUCAGUACAAAGUGGUGGUUUAUCACACGAACGGGCCGCUGGUCAGUCCCCCGUCUGAACCGGUCAUCAUCGACAUCGAGCCAACAGGUGUGCGUGAUCUGGUGGUUUAUCCGCUCAGUCCCAGUACCGUCAUCCUCAGCUGGCAGCGGCCGUAUAACGUGGCCUUCAAGAAGUACGUUCUGCAGACCUUCUUCUUCAACUCGGCCACGCAGACGUCUCAGUGGAGCACUUACUACGAGAUCGCCGCCACCGCGUCCGUCAUCGCCUCUGUGAGAGUGACGGAUCUGCUGCCGGCCUGGUUCUAUAACUUCCGUGUGACGAUGGUGACGUGGGGCGAACCGUCGCUGAGCUGCUGCGAUGCUUCUACCGUCAGCUUCGUCACAGCUCCUGAAGCUCCUCACAUCUCGUCGGUGGAUUACGCUCACGGGACGCUGUUCGUGCGCUGGACUUACGGCGAUCUGUUCACCGAUCUCUCACAUUCGCGGAUGCUACACUGGCAGCUGACGGUCGAAGGGAAGAAAGGCGCGAGGAGACGCUACUCCAUCGACGUGACUCGUAACAUGAUGAAGGCAUCUCUGACUCUUCCUCCUGGAGACAUCUACAACCUGACCGUCUCCGCCUGCACCGAGACGAGCCGCAACACGUCUGCGCCGCACAUCAUCAAACUCGAACCGGCUCCUCCGAAGUCGCUGUACGCACUCAACGCCACAGACUCGGCCGUCACGCUGCUCUGGACGGAGGAAGGCAUCGUGGACUUCUAUCAGGUCCUCUGCAGACCGCUGCGGGUCAACAGAGAUAGCAAAAAGGUGCGAGAGCCACUGCUGACCGCUGCUCAUGUUGUGACCAUAUCAGGACUUCAACCGUCCACUUCAUAUAACUGUAGUGUGAUCAGCAGCAGCUACAGCAGCAUCAGUGACCCGGCGUACAUCACCAUCAGCACGACCGUGCGCGAGAUGAACCCGAGUGUGGCGGCGAUCUCUGCGCUGGCGGUUCUCAGCGUUCUGCUCAUCGUUCUGCUGGUGCUCUUCCUGCUGGUGCUGCGCAAGAAACACAUGGAGCUGAGCCGGGAGUGCGGCGCUGAGACCUUCGUGAAUUUCGCCUCUUUCGAGCGAGACGGGAAGCUGCCGUAUAACUGGCGCAGGAGUCUCUUUGCGUUCCUCACGCUUCUGCCAUCCUGCCUUUGGACUGACUAUCUUUUGGCCUUUUAUAUUAAUCCGUGGAGCAAAACAGCGCUGAAGAAGAGGAAACUAACCAGUCCAGUUCAGCUCAGUGAUUUCGAUGCUUACAUCAAAGACAUGAGCAAAGAUUCGGCGUACAAGUUCUCGCUGCAGUUCGAGGAGCUGAAGAGCGUGGGUCUGGAUCUGUCUCAUGAAGCGGCCGAUCUGCCCGUCAACAGACCCAAGAACCGCUACACCAACAUCCUGCCCUAUGAUUUCAGUCGAGUGAAGCUGAUCUCUCUGCACAACGAUGAAGGCUCUGAUUACAUCAAUGCAAACUUUAUUCCCGGCUAUAACUCUCCGCAUGAGUUCAUCGCCACACAGGGGCCGCUGCCCGAUACCAGGAACGAUUUCUGGAAGAUGGUCCUGCAGCAGAAGUCUCACAUCAUCGUCAUGCUGACCCAGUGUAACGAGCGCAGGAGGGUGAAGUGUGACCACUACUGGCCGUUCACCGAGGAGCCCGUGGCGUACGGAGAGAUUACGGUGGAGAUGCUGUCGGAGACAGACUCGCCCGAGUGGACCGUCAGAAACUUCAGACUGGGAUACGCUGAUGAAACUCAAGACGUUCUGCACUUUAACUACACCUCGUGGCCAGAUCACGGCGUUCCGACAGUCAACGCCAUCGAGAGCAUCUUACAGUUCGUUCAGAUCGUACGGCAGCAGGUCAACAGGACCAAAGGGCCCAUCGUGGUCCACUGCAGUGCUGGAGUGGGUCGCACCGGCACCUUCAUCGCUCUGGACCGGUUGAUGCAGCACAUUCAGGAACAUGAGUAUGUGGACGUCUUGGGACUGGUGUCAGACAUGCGCUCACACCGGCUCUCCAUGGUCCAAACUGAGGAGCAGUACGUAUUCAUCCAUCAGUGUGUCCUACUUAUGUGGAAAAAGAAGAAGCAGCAGACGCACACAAGCGACGUCAUCUACGAGAAUGUCAGCAAGUCCUAAUGAAGUCCGACGCUCCUCACAUCAGUGUUGACAGACGUGCUUCAUCAACACCAGAUCCCAACCGAGCGGCGGCCGCGGAGCAGAACCCUUCACUCAUUUACUCCCAUACAAGCUCUUAUUUAGCGGACGAACGACGGAACCAAUCCGAUGCCUUAAACGAGCUGCGUGUUCUCCCGUCUCUGCAGAUCGCAGGAGAACGCCGCAGCACCGGACCCACGCCGCCUCCGUCCGCAUCUCGUCUGUAGUGUGUGAAUCUCAGGAGCAUCUGGAUGCGUGUAAAGUGUGUUUCGUGAGUUUAUAUCGCACUCUGUCUGUACUAGUGUUAGUUUCUAUGUCUCCAGAGGAGAAUGCAGAACCGGAUCCUCCUGUUGGCAUGCACAUGUAAACACGGUUCGAACCUGACGGCCUUUGAUCACUGCCACACACUGACCAUCUGCUCUGGGUGUAAAGGACAGAUGCAGAAGAUCGUAUGUGUUGCUGUGUGUAGAGAGGCUGCGCUUCUGUGAUUUCUGCUAAAGCUGGGCUUCAUCUGCAAGCGUCUGGAUGUUCACUGGAGCGGGGUUUUUGCACAGUUCAGACCGAAUCGCUCGCUGCUGCUGAAUCUGACACUGACUCCGUUGUGUUCGCUGAACGAUGCAUGCUGCAAAAUGACAGACGCGAGAUUAGUCUAAUCUUUAGGUUUAGAGCUCAAGAGUGUACGUUUCACGUUUGCCUGUUCCGCCAGACACCAGUGAGUUUACAAAUGUCUUUACAGAUGCAGAGAUGUCAUAUCAACCAAGCGUCGAGCUGUAAAUACUGAAACUAAAGAAACUCUGUAUUGUGUUUUCAAUGAACUGAUUGAAACUCUCUCUCCAGAACGGGCUUCACUUGAUGGGUUUUCUUUCAUUCAUGUCAGAAUUCGUUUGUCUUUUGGUGCCAUUCUUGUGAAUCGUGUGACUUCAAGUAGCCGAGCAAUCCACAGUUUAAUGUGUGUUCAUUUGGGAAAAAAUAAACAUUUGAGUACGUAUUCUAUUGAGCUGGAAAUGAGUCGUUUUGUGUGAUGAAUAAAUGACGUCUGUAGACCUCAGUCCAUGUGGACUUCAAA